AUGGAUAAGUCAUGGAUUAGAGAAGAUAGGGAUUCAUUACAAUAUGAAAUUGGUGUCGAAAAUUUUCUUAUUUUUGCUGAAGGAAAUGCUAAGAACCCUAAGAAAAUACCAUGCCCUUGUGGACGCUGUGUCAAUUUCAAAAAAUUACCAGUCAAAACAAUAAGAGGUCACUUGUAUGAACAUGGAUUUAGCUUAGGGUAUGUUGAGUGGAUUUGGCAUGGGGAAGAAUCUUCUAAGGGUAGCAAGUCAUCCGUUGGCACGAGUCCUGCUUUGAAGCAGACUAAUACAUCGGAAACAAAUGAAAUAUAUGAAACAGCCUACAAUGAUGGGGAUUAUGAUAAUGAGUCAUUCGAGUUCAAGAGGUUUGUGGCAGAUGCUGAACAACCUAUGUUUGAGGGAAGUGAUUUUACUAAGUUAGAGUCGAUGUUAAAGUUGCAUAACUGGAAAGCAAGAUUUGGUAUCAGCGAUAGCGCCUUCACUGACUUGCUUGGUUCUGUUGGUUCUAUCCUACCUAAAGACCAUGUGUUGCCUAGUAAUUCCUAUGAAGCCAAAAAAACCUUGUCAAAUUUAGGACUUGAAUACAAAAAAUUCCACGCUUGUCCGAAUGAUUGUGUAUUGUACAGGGGUGCACAUAGUGAGGCAACUGAGUGUCCCAAUUGCAAUUUAUCUCGCUGGAAAAUUGCAAAAGAUGGCAGAGUCAGGGUCAAUAUACCAGCGAAGGUUAUGUGGUAUUUUCCUAUAAUUCCUAGGUUUAAACGCUUGUUUAAGUCAGAGUCAACUGCCAAACUAAUGACUUGGCAUGAGAGCAAUCGAAUCGAAGAUGGCCUCAUGCGCCAUCCAGCAGAUUCUCCAUCUUGGAGAAAUAUAGAUUUUAGGUGGCCUGAGUUUGGUGCAGAGGCCAGAAAUUUACGUCUAGCACUUGCAGCAGAUGGUAUAAACCCAUUUAACAAUGGUCUGACUAAUAGGUACACGUGUUGGCCUGUGGUCUUAGUCACAUAUAAUAUGCCUCCAUGGUUAUGCAUGAAAAGAAAAUUUAUGAUGCUCACUGUAUUAGUUCCCGGGCCCCAUGAACCUGGUAACAAUAUUGAUGUAUACCUCCAACCAAUGAUUGAUGAUCUAAAGAAGUUAUGGGAGGAGGGUGAACCAAAUGUCUACGAUGCUUUUACUAAAUCCUAUUUCACCCUAAAAGUUGUACUGUUGUGGACAGUUAAUGACUUCCCUGCAUACGGGAAUCUGUCCGGGUCUGUGAAUAAGGGUUAUAAAUGCUGUCCAAUAUGCGGUGAUGAUACUAGAGCUAAAUAUUUGAGUCACAGUAGGAAAAUGAGCUACCAAGGUCAUCGCCGUUAUUUAGGUAGACACCAUCCCUAUAGAAAGCAAAAGGCUGCAUUUGAUGGUGAACAAGAAUUUGGACAUGCACAUAUACCCCUGUCUGGAGAAGAAGUGUUAAAGCAGCAAGAAAAACUGAAUUUUAGGUUUGGGAAGGAGAAAAAGUCAAAUAAGGUUGAAUCUGUGUGGAAGAAGAAAUCAAUUUUUUUUGAAUUAGAAUAUUGGAAAUUCCACCAUGUUCGUCAUUGUCUCGAUGUUAUGCACAUCGAGAAAAAUGUGUGUGAUAGUUUGAUAGGGACACUGUUAAAUUUGAAAUUUAAGAGUAAAGAUAGUACCAAAUCCCGUCUUGACAUGGUCCACAUGGGAAUUAGAGCUGAUUUAGCUCCUGAAAUAGGAGAAAAAAAGACGUACCUCCCCCUGCCUCUUAUACUUUGUCCAAGGCAGAAAAGAAGAUAA